AUGGGCGCCACGGUUAAGCGACCAAUCAUAUUCGCGCUUUCUAACCCUACCAGCAAAUCUGAAUGCACGGCCGAACAAGCUUACACAUUUACCGACGGCAGAGCUGUCUUUGCAAGUGGAAGUCCGUUCGACAAGGUACAAAUCGCGGGUAAGACCUUUUAUCCGGGUCAGGGCAACAAUUCAUAUAUCUUUCCCGGUGUUGCCCUCGGGGCCAUCUGUUCCGGUGCCAGACAUAUUCCGGAUGAGAUAUUCCUUCACGCAGCUGUGGCUUUAUCUAACAUGGUCACUGAGCGCCAUAUGAAUGAAGGGCGCGUUUAUCCGCCGCUGUCUGACAUCCGGGAUAUUUCAGCAAAAAUUGCUACCGCUGUUGCGUCUUACUGCUACGAGGUAAGUGCGAUGCACCAGCUGUGUCACAAUAAUGAACCGUGGUGGUGAUU